AUGCCUAAGUAUUUCCGGAGUAUUCAAACGAAAGAAAAGUUGUACAUAAUCGAGAAACCAGUAGUAGAAGCGAACGAAAUUAGUGACGACCAUGGAGUUGCUGCAGGGCCAUCGGACAAAGCUCCAGAGCGGCCCAACAAUACAAGCGACACCAUCGUCGUUAAGCGACGAUGUGACGGUUCACGAUACGUCGUGAAGCGACCAGCUCGAAAUCAAAUUCUGAAGAAACGAGCUGCACAGCUUAUCCGAGAACGAACAGGCAUCAGCACCGAUGACGACGCAAUGAGCGAGCUGAAAAUGAUCGUGCAACUUUCUCAACGAAAAAUGCAACGUCGUAAAGAGAAAAUGCUGCUAGACGGUUUUGUGACCACUCAAGAAGUGCUCAGCCAGCGGAAUCCGGACACCACUGCCAAACAUGGAAUUCUGUCAGUCACUACCGUCUAG